GCUAUUAUCGGCACCAAAUUUGUUACAAAAUUCACAUCUCUAGAACCAUACACUAAGAUCAAGUAGUAUAUUUUUGAAAUAUUUUUAAAAUUUUAUUCCUCAUUUUUUCGAUAUAAAUUGUUUUGUAGAGUGGUGCAUGUAGAGGUAGAUUAUUAAAGAUAGAACUCAAAAGUAUGCCCUCUUCUCAUCAACUUCCUACCCAAUUCCUUGAAUUUCACAGGUUUCAUUUCCCAAUUUCCUCAUAUUGGCUUACAAGGAUCAAUCUCACCUUAUUGCAGCUCUUCAAAUUAAUCCCUUUUCUUGUCCCUCAAUCCAAAGGGUAGGAUUUGAAAAAUUGGCCGUUUAACAUUACACAGAUUUAAACUUCUUUGCUUGACCUCAGAAUAUCGAACUUCUUGAUUCCUAUAUAAUCACUGUUUUUGAAGUUGUGCGCACAUAUAUAAACAUGGGUUUGAGUUCUAAGGAGGUUUCAGGGGACGGAGGACUAGGGUGGAGCCAGGCGUUGUUGAAGGAUCAGACAUUGGAGCAACCAAAGUCGCCGGUGAAGCGGCAACAGCAGAACCAGUCGGAGCAGCUGAAGUGUCCGAGGUGUGAUUCUACCAACACGAAGUUCUGUUACUACAACAACUACAACAAGUCACAGCCAAGGCAUUUUUGCAAGGCCUGUAAGAGGCACUGGACCAAAGGUGGCACGCUCCGCAACGUCCCUGUUGGCGGCGGCCGCAAAAACAAGCGGCUCAAGACAUUGAAUAGUGGCGGUGGCGGCGCUGCCACUAGCGGUGCCAGUACUAGUACUGCAGCCGGAAUUAGCAACAUGGGAUCCUCCCAAUUCCAGGAACAGAGGCAGGGGAAGCAUGAUGAUCUCCUUCCUUUUCUACUUGAUGAUCUAAAAAACAUUUCCGAUUUCAGCAAUUCGGUGCUUAGUUGUCCGCCACCGUCUUUAGACUCCGGCAAUGGGGUGUUCCUGGGGUCAACUUCAACCCUUCCCCUGUCUCAAAAUCAAGCCCUGCAUUUUCCCUUCUCGCGUUCGAGCUCGACUUCUUUUGACACAAACCCAUCUUCAAUAUCAACUUCUUUUCAAUCUCCAAAUGUUUAUGAAACCAUGGAGGAUACAACCAUUACCAGCAUCACCACGCCCUCUACAAGAGUAGAAAUCACACGGCCGCUGUGGCAAAAACCCUGUGCAAGCAGCGCUUUCAUGGACAUGACAAACUACUGGAAUUGGGAUGAUAUUGAUGCCCUUGUCUCUACUGAUCUCAACAUACCAUGGGACGAUUCCGAGACAAAACCAUGAAUAAAGGAGCAAUCUUUAACAAUAUUAAUGGAGGUUUGUUCAGUUUUCCCCUUAAAUGGUGUUUCUUUUUCAGUGUCAUUUCCCCCCCUAAUUAUAAUAUGUAUAGUCUUCUUCAUCACUGCAACAUGUAACAGAUGGAUUGAGAUGUUGACUGUUUGAAGCUGUCAUUUUUCAAUUUCAGCUUCCAGUUAAAGACAUACAUUUGUACACAUCUCUCUCUUCUAAGUUAAGGGUUCAUCUUUUUUAUUUUUAUUUUUUGAAUGGAAUUUGAUUUGCUAGUUUUUUUCAUUAAUAAGUUAUACAAUGGGUA